AUGAAAGAAUCAAUUGCAGUAUUUUUUUCUCCUCAGGUGUCUGCAGACCUCUCAGCCAAAGAUGCUGAGAUCCUGUCCUACAUCACUUACAUCGGUUGUGGUAUCUCUCUGUUUGCUCUUGUCAUCACUGUUUUGCUGUUCACAGUCAACAGAAAACUCAGAGGAGACGAUUCCAAGAAGAUCCACAUCAGCCUGGCAGCUUCUUUGAUCCUCCUCAACGUUCACUUCCUCCCCAGUCAGGCGGCAGCAGCGUCGUCCUCCACUGAGCUUUGUCUCUAUGUGGCUCUUCUUCUUCACUACUCCCUGCUGGCCUCUUUCACCUGGAUGGCCUUGGAGGGCUUCCACCUCUACCUUCUUCUGGUCAAAGUCUUCAACGUCUAUGUGAGACGAUACCUGCUGAAACUCAGCGUGGUGGGAUGGGGUCUUCCAGCUGUCAUUGUGUCAGUGGUGGUGAUCGUCGACAAAAACACAUAUGGUCGUACUUCUCUAAACUUGUCCAACCCCAACGGAACAACAGUAUGUUACGUAACCGAAGACAAAGUGAAAAUGGGGACCACACUUGGAUUAUUCAGUUUGAUGUUCCUGUUCAAUCUGAUAAUGUUUGGAAUCACAGUGAAAUAUUUUGCAGACUCCCACAUGAGAAAAGAGCACGGAUGGAGCGGCCUUAAAAACGCCAAGCCAGAAAUGGUCACCUUGCUGUUGCUUCUGGUUCUGCUGGGCCUCCCCUGGGGAGUCAUCUUCUUCUCGUUUGGUAACCUGACCACUCCUGCACUCUACGCCUUCUGCAUCCUAAACCCUCUGCAAGGUUUCUUCAUCUUCAUUUAUUUUGUGUUGUCUUUGAAAAAGACCAAAGACACAAGCUCUGAAAAACCUGAAAUCCAAAUAUCUGGAUGAUUCAUAACUGGUAUAUAAAGUGAUAUUUACUACAGUUAAACUAGCAUUUGGUGUUUUGUUAAAUAAUUGUAUUUAUAGUUUAAUGUUGUUGAUUUGCAUUUUUUGUGUGUGUUUAGUUUAUUAGUGAAUUUCUGUACACUUUAAUUUUUUUAUUUAGUAAUUUACAUGCUUAGCUACCCCUCUUGUGUUUUAAUGAUUUGAUCAGUCAUUAUAUAUAAUCCGGUGUGUUUUUUCAGCUCAUCAUUCAGUUUUGUAAACAUACAUUUUUGUGUUAAGAUAAAAAAAAACAUCUAUAUAAUCAUUCCUGUGAUUCCUCCUGCUUGUUUACUCCUUCACAUUUUAUGUUUCUAGUUUUUUUGUUUGAACACAGUUGUGAUGUCGUUUUCUUUAAUUAAUAGUUUUGAAUAAAUAUGUGAAUGAU